GUUCACAAAAGUUCUGAUUCAGAUUAUUGCUCUUACAGUGCUAAGAAUUUUGGAAGGGCUAUAGUGAUGCCAAAUUUGAAACCGCCCAUCACUACCACAUCUGCCGCAGUCACUUAUCGAGAGUCCAUUUUAAAAGCAAUACCUACAGAUAGCAACUUCACUCCUCUCAUGACACUUUACCUCACAGACUUGACUACACCUGAUGAGAUUAAACUUGCAAAAAAAAGUGGACUUGUGUAUGGUGUGAAGUUGUAUCCUGCUGGUGCCACUACGAAUUCCCAAGAUGGUGUUACAGAUCUUUUUGGAAAUUGUUUUUCUGUUCUCGAGGAAAUGGUUGAGCAAAAUUUACCAUUAUUGGUUCACGGAGAGGUUACAAAUUCAGAUGUAGAUAUUUUUGACCGAGAAAAGGUCUUCAUUGAAACAAUUUUGGAGCCUUUAGUUCAAAGGCUUCCACAGCUGAAGGUUGUAAUGGAGCAUAUUACUACUGCAGAUGCUGUUAAAUUUGUAGAGUCUUGCAAAGAAGGUUUCGUAGCAGCAACCGUAACACCACAGCAUCUUCUUCUGAAUCGUAAUGCUUUGUUCCAAGGUGGCUUACGGCCUCAUAAUUACUGUCUUCCAGUGCUCAAAAGAGAGAUCCAUAGACAGGCUAUUGUUUCGGCUGUUACUAGUGGAAGUAAACGAUUUUUCCUUGGAACUGAUAGUGCACCACAUGAUAGGCGAAGAAAGGAAUGUUCAUGUGGAUGUGCUGGGAUAUACAACUCCCCGGUAGCUCUAUCACUAUAUGCCAAGGUUUUUGAAGAGGCCGGUGCACUUGAUAAGCUGGAGGCUUUUACAAGCUUUAAUGGGCCUGACUUCUAUGGCCUCCCUAGAAAUAAGUCAAAGAUUAAACUGAGGAAAGCUCCUUGGAAAGUACCUGAUUGUUUGUCAUUUCCAUUUGGAGACAUUGUUCCCAUGUUUGCUGGUGAAACCCUUGAAUGGGAGGCAUUGCCUUGUUGACUUGCACGUCUAUUUCAAAGUUCGGUAUCCUUCAGUAAUCUUGUUCUAGUCUUAUCAAUCAGUUCUGCGUUUAUUUUGCAGACUGUUAUCAUUUCCAUUUUCUAGGUCAGGCUCAGGUAAGUUUCACUAUAAAACCAAAGCACUGACUGUGAUCCAUAAAUUAUUGGUUGUUGAACUGGGAAUUUUGGUAAUAUUCAGAACUUUGAUUAGGCAAUUUGGUUGCUCGGAUUUUAUAAAUAAACGCUGCUUAAAUUUU